AUGGUGAUAAUAUGUAUUUUACUAGGUAGUAGUUCCUUUCAAAAUCCAUAUCCGGAACCACAAUUCGGCAAUCAACGACCGCCACCAAUGCCAUCAGCCAAUGGGCCAAGUUAUCAAAAUCCUUAUCAACCGGCAAAUCCAUAUCAACAAUCAAACCCCUAUCAACCAUCAAAUCAAUAUCCACCACCAAAUCCUUAUCAAUCACAGCAAGGCGGUUAUCCACAAAAUAAUCCACAACAACAACCAUUUCAAAAUCCUAAUGCACCAUCAUAUUCUCAACAGCCUCAAGGUGGAUAUCCUCAGUACGGUCAACAACAGCCAUAUCAACCAUUUGGUUUGUAA